AUGUCCUGCGGAACGAGAACUGAAUCGUUCAAGCUGUGCCGAUGCGCGUGUCGCUGGCGAUGUCAGUGCUUGAUUCCUCGCGAGAAAAAGCCUCACCCACCGUUCAACGUCGGCUCGAAACGCGAUGUGGUCAUCGGGUUACACCCGAAGUUAUACAAAACCAGCACAGACACUCCAAACGUGGGAACGUACGACCCACAGCCCAUAAAAACCAAAUGCACGGCUAGCAACUGGGACAAUGAAUUAAAGGCCGAGGAGUUCGCAGCUACUAUGGGAGGGAAAAUACCGGAGAAGUAUUUAAUCGAAAAGGACGUGCUGAGAAGAGGACGUGGCCCCGGAACACACGAGAUUGUUCAGUGGCCAGAUACCGUUUUGUACAGACCCUGCAAGACAAUUAAAAGGGACGUCGGGUUUGGCGGGACCGUGCCCCUUUUCCAACCCUCUUGGCCGUCCACCACUCCCGGACCAGGAUACACGAGGAAUCCGUAUCGGUACAUCGACCGGAGAAGGCGGCGAGGCUCCUCCUGCGUUCCCACCUUCGAGUACGACGGCUUGCGACCCAGAUUCCCACCAGUAACGACGAAAAGUUGGAUUCUACCAUGCAAUUUAUACGACGUGAGAGAUACGAGGACUCUGGACGCUGUGCUGAAUAAAGUAACCGGUAAACGGGGACCGUACGAUCUGUUUACAGGACCGAGAGACGACAGCACGCUCAGAAGCUACCAAGCCACCGUGAAAUUAGAAGAUCGCGGGGACUGGCCUAAAUCGUUGCCAAGCGAGCUCGACAAGCUAUUGCACAAGUCGAACUAUUUUAAAGGACGUUUUACCACCUGUCCGAGAUUCCCGAAGAUAUCGGGGUUGAGGAGCAUGCUAAAAGAUCUCGCGCUGGCAUACAAAGAUCCGAAGCAACCUGGGCCUGGCCACUACGAUCCGAAAUCGCCAAGGAAGCCAACGAGCACAAAGAAUUAUCCCUUCGACAUAAACGUCGAGUUCGUGCGACCCGAACCGUUAACCGUACUUCAACCCGGGCCAGGGAGAUACAAAAUAAGGGAUGUACGAACUGUUGAAGGGAACGGUUGGACCUUUGUGUUUAAGAGCAAGGCACCGCGUACGAAAUUUAUCGUCAUUCCGACGUACAACGCUUUUUAAGGCUUGUGCAAUGUCUGAUUAAAGUCGGAACUUACGUUUUCUUCGUGUUCUUCGAUUGGCCGAUAUGUAAUUGGAAGUUUCAAAAUUGAACCAGUUUCGAUCGUCUUCCCGGGAGGGACGAAGAAAGGCCCGAGGGGAUCUAGCAGGCUCACGUUUACCUGCACACUUCUAAUUGGAGAAAGUAAUUUUAUUUUUAAUUAUUCACAUUUU